AUGGCCACCCAAACUCCAGCCAAAUUUGACAUCAACACGACGUACCGGAUGAAUUCAGGCUAUGAGAUCCCUGCGCUCGGCUAUGGCGUCUACCAAACUCCCGCAGCGCAGUGUGAAGAAGUCACACUCCAUGCAUUCAAGACGGGCUACCGACAUGUCGACUCUGCUCGAGCCUACCGCAAUGAGCAGCCCUGUGCCGACGCAAUUCGCAACUCCGGCCUGAAGCGAGAGGAGAUCUUCUUCACCAGUAAAGUUCCGCCCAAGAGUAUGGGCUACGAGGCGGCAAAGAAGUCCAUCGAGUCGUCCUUUUUCCAAACCGGUCUCGAUUAUAUCGACCUCUAUCUCAUUCAUUCUCCGUACGGUGGCAAAGAAGGCAGACUCGGAGCCUGGAAGGCGCUUGCCGAAGCUCAAAAGGCCGGCAAGAUCAGAUCUAUUGGCAUCUCCAACUACGGCGUCCACCAUCUAGACGAGCUUGAAGAAUACAUCAAGACGUCUGAUGUGGGAGGAACCAUCGACGUUGGCCAGUGGGAGGUGCAUCCCUGGCUUCCGCGUGACGAUAUCGUCCAAUGGUGCCGCCAACGCAACGUUGUCGUCGAAGCAUACUGUCCUAUUGUCCGUGGUCAGCGAGCCGACGAACCGGUUCUCAAACAGCUGGCUGAGAAGCACGGCAAGACGUGGUCGCAGAUCUUGCUCAGAUGGAGCCUGCAGAAAGGUUACGUUCCCUUGCCGAAGAGCGUGACUCCUUCCAGGAUCGAGGAGAAUGCCGCCAUCUACGACUUCGAGCUCGAUGACCAGGACAUGAAGAGUCUCAACUUUCCCGACUCGUAUGCCCCGUGUGCCUGGGAUCCUACUACAAGCAAUGACUGA